CACACAUGGAAAGUUACUGUGCGAGUUUAUUUAUAAUUUUUUUCAAGUCAUGGAUGUGAGGUGUGCUUUGUUUAUUUUAAGGACACAAUGCUGGACUAAACUGCUCUUUACAAAAAUAUUAUGCUUCUUUUUUUGCUGUUUUAACUUGGUUAAACCUAACGCUGGAUAUACUGGGAAUGGGAAUUUAUCCAGAUAAGGACUAUGGAGCUAAUAAUGUUUUCUAGGAAAUAACCUGAAGGACGAAUUAUUUCAUAUAAAAUUGAUAUUGAGGUAUAAAAUGACAAAUGUCAGCUGUUUCGAGCGGCAGUUCAGGCGCACCGUGCCCACGCGCGGAGGAAGCAGGAACGAACUCGUUGCAGUGCCAGUUCACUCUAGAGUAAACGGAUGGUCUUUACCACUUCAUGUUCUCCAACCUGUGGCGUGGCUCGUUUACGGCUUCCUGGCCGUUGUAGGCUUUGGGGUUUAUAUCCCACUCCUGCCUUCACCAUGGAACUACAUUUCAUAUGGAGUAAUUGGUACAACCUUCUUCCUGCACUUGUUGACUCACCUGGCAGCGGUGACUAUGGAUCCGGCUGACUACGCUGUGCGUGUGAAGAAUGAUUACUCCAGCCCUAUGCCUGUGUUCGACAGGAAGAAACAACCACAUGUCAUACACAAUCAGCAUUGCAACCUGUGUGACAUCGAUGUGGGAUCCAAAGUGAAACACUGCGGCAGCUGCAACAAGUGCAUUGCAGACUUCGACCACCACUGCAAAUGGCUCAACAAUUGCGUAGGGAGUAGGAACUACUGGCUAUUUUUUAUGACUGUGCUUUCGGCUGUUUGCGGAGUGUUCUUCCUCAUCCUGGUCAUCUCGUUCGUCUUCAUCGAAACCUUGGUGAAUCCUGCAGCUCUUCGAACAGCAGCAGCUUUUCAAGCUGUUAAUGGAAGCAUGACGUGGUUGGCAUUCCUGCCCCAGGCACCAGUACAGACCAGUUCUGCCAGUCUCCUGGUGUUGGCUGCGAUCACUGUCAUCAUCGCACUCGCAUCAUUGCUAAUGCUGUGCCACCUACUGAUCUUUCAUAUAUAUCUGUUAUAUAAAGGCAUGAGCACGUAUGAGUACAUAAUGAAGCAGCGUCAGUUGCAGAGCUCCAGGAAGCAGGAGGAAGGAGCAACACACCCGUCAUCCUCUAACAGAGAUGCGUCUCAGAGCAAUGGACCUUUUAAGAUGUCGCUAGGGUGUAAUGAACUAAUGUCUGGCAAAUCAAGUAUCUUCAGGUAUCAAGACAAAGGACAGUCAACUGUCUCAAGAACCAUCUGUUCUAAGAUGAGAGCUCAGACAGCUGAUGGAGAGAACGGUUCAAAUUAUGGCUCAAAAUCAGCAAUACAAAUGAUUCCAGGUGCGGCUCCAGUGGGUUGGCGAGUGAGUAUAAGACAGACGGAUGGACCACUGACUGAACUAACUGAAAACCCUGUCGCUCAGAGUCCUCUUGGCACCUCCAGCAUAGACACCACUGCAGUUCAUCAGCCGCAUAUACACUGA